GUUGCGUUUAUAAUAACGCAGCUUUCCUUCUUGUCCAAAACAGUGUGCGUUUGGAUUAGCAAUUCCUUUAAUUUCUUGUAGCUGAGGUUGGCCAAUCAUGAGAUAGGUGAUAAACCCCCCACGAGCCUCUUAUCCUGUUCCCUCACGCCCUUUCUUGCAAGUUACCACUUGCAGCUGUUGAGCACAGCUGCCAAACGAACCAACGCUUCCUAAACCGAGAACAUGCAUCAGCAAUAUUUUUUUUUGUUUUUGUUUUGAAGCAUAACAGUAUAACACAGGCCUCAGCAAUCAACUCAAGCCAUGCCAAUGCCACGAGACCCUUUUGCGUUGCUCUCUCUCCCGCAGCAGUAUAUAGGAUGGGCGCCAACGUCUAGCCAUUGCUGCAUCUGUUUGGGAGAAGCAAAGCAGGGUCCCUCCGUAUUUCCCAUGGUUUUUGUGACUUGUGAGAGAGAACAAGGCCAAACACUGAAACACAUCUCUGAAGUCUGAGCCCUGACCCAGCAGCGCCAAGAUCCGGGACCGGGAGAGGGACCUGCUCCCUGGGGGGUGCCCUUUUUGAGGCGUGCUGAAAUCACUACAAACUUUACAAGAUUCCCCUACAAUGGCGAGCGAUCCGUCGACGUUCUCGCCAAUCGGGGUGGACGCCAUGGGCGGCGGCUACUUCAUGGCCGGCAGCAGCAGCUACGGAGGCGGCGGCAUUAUGAGCGCCGAGGUGCCGCACUUCCACCACCCCGGCGUGCUUCUUGACCAGGGCGGCUUCGGGUUCGGCGGCCUCGGCAACGCGGCGGUCGUCGGCGGCGCCGCGACGGCGGCGGAUCUGGGCGCGCACUACGCGGCGAACAACAUCGUGCUGGCCUCCUUCGCCAGCCAGCUCCUCGCUAACGCCCCCGCGCCGCCGCGGGAUGAUCGUGCCGGCGGGAGGACGCCGCCGGACGAGAUGGACGAAGAGCUGUACGGCGUCGCCGGCUGCGACAGCCGCGUCGCGGCGAGCUUGCGGUGCCCCAGCCAAUCCGGGGCCAUGGCGGUCUGGUCGUCGCCAUCGUCGUCCAAGAAGCCGUACGGCAUCUGGACCAGCGCCGGCGGACCAGCUCAUGAACCAUACCACCUCGCCGCGGCCGGGCUCUCCGACGCGGGAGGCCUCCGCUACCCGCUCGCCGCCUGCAGUGGCGGCAACGCGUCCGCGGCGGCGGCGAGCGAGCUGUCGCUGACUCUGUGCUCCAACUCCAUCGCUUCCUCGGACAGCGCGCUGAACGCGACGGAGCAGUGCUCCUCGGGAGCGAGCCGGUCCGCCCUGACCGAGCUGCCGCGGGCGCGGUCCCGGAUGGCGCUGCACUUCGCCGCGGUGGUGGCGCGCUCGCGGUACGCGGCCGUGGUCCAGGAUUUGCUCAACGACGUCGUCGGCCACAUGCUGGACGGCGUCGCCGACGUGACCGACGACUCGUGCAGCGGCAUCGGCUCGGUUGGCGCGCCGUCCGCGGUGAGCUCCAACAGGUUCAUGGCCUCGACCGAAGACGCCGGCGCGCGCUGGGGCCAGGCCCAGAGGGUCCGGAGCAACCUCCUCAAGACGCUUCAGCUGAUGGACGAGAAGUACAACCAGUGCUUGGACGAGAUCCAGAGCACGACGGCCAGGUUCAACACCCUGAUGCACUCGCCCCCGGGCGGCGGCGGCGGCGGCGGCGGCAUCUGCGCGCCGUUCGCGCACCGCGCCGUGUCGACGAUGUACCGUGGGCUGAGGCGGCGGCUCGCCGGCGAGAUCAUGGCUGCGGCGAGCAGGGCCAGCUGCUGGGGCGAGUCGUCGUCGUCGGUGACGGUGGCCGCGGGCGGCGACGUGGAGCGGAGCUGGGAGUCGGCCUUCAUACAGAAGCACUGGUCGGCGCAGCAGCUGCGGCGCACCGAGCAGCAGUGCUGGCGGCCCCAGCGCGGCCUGCCGGAGAAGUCCGUCGCCGUGCUCAAGGCGUGGAUGUUCGAGAACUUCCUGCACCCGUAUCCCAAGGACCAUGAGAAGGACGUGCUGGCGGCAAGGAGCGGCCUCACCAGGAACCAGGUGUCGAAUUGGUUCAUAAACGCGCGGGUUCGUCUAUGGAAGCCGAUGAUCGAGGAGAUGUACCAGGACCUCAAGAGGAGCUCGGGUGCAGGAGGAGGAGGGCACGGCCCGGCGAUGGAGCCACAGCAGCACUUGAGCAAGCGUCGAAUUUGCGAGCUGGAAGAUGGUGGCCAGUGAACCAUCCAGCUCCAUAGCUGCCUGCCGUGGAUUUACCAUUGGCCCUUGUAGUUUCCCUGUGCUAUGUUUAUGUACAUAUCAUUGCCAACGCCAGCAUUUAACAUCUGCGCAUCUUUUAUCCUGGGUUGACUGGGAAGGGCCAAGAGCAGCGGCGGCGGAUACUGCUGGAUCAGGGUUCUGGAUGCUCUAUUCGUCCGCUCAGCAUUCCGAUGGUUGCCCGUUUCAGAUAUAGCGGAUUUCAUGCUUUGUUUCUUGUCAUGUCAGCUUGCAUUGCAGUAGUCAAUUUCAGCAAAACAAUUUUUUUUUGGAGAUUUGAUUCUUUCUAGGAUCAUGAGCGGAUUUCAUUGCAGUAGU